AUGGGCACUAAAGACGACGAGUACGACUAUUUGUUCAAGGUUGUGCUAAUAGGAGACUCUGGUGUAGGUAAAAGUAACCUGCUGUCUAGAUUUACCCGCAACGAAUUUAACUUAGAAAGCAAGAGUACUAUAGGAGUUGAAUUUGCUACACGGAGUAUACAGGUAGACGGUAAAACAAUUAAAGCCCAAAUCUGGGAUACAGCAGGACAAGAGAGAUAUAGGGCAAUCACCAGCGCUUAUUACAGAGGAGCUGUGGGUGCUCUGCUUGUGUAUGACAUUGCCAAACAUUUGACAUAUGAAAAUGUGGAGAGGUGGUUACGAGAGCUUAGAGACCACGCCGACCAGAAUAUUGUCAUCAUGCUUGUGGGAAACAAAAGUGACUUGCGACAUCUUCGUGCAGUGCCAACUGAUGAGGCCAAAGUCUUUGCUGAGAAAAAUAAUUUGUCAUUCAUCGAGACCUCAGCAUUAGAUUCUACUAAUGUCGAGUCGGCCUUUCAUAAUAUUCUUACAGAAAUUUACAAGAUUGUGUCACAGAAACAAAUUAGAGAUUCACCAGACGACGACCUUUCUCCUGGAUCCAACGUUCAGUCUAUCACUGUGGCACCAACAGUCAACAUGGCACAGGGGAAGAAACAAUGCUGCUCUUAA